GUGCUGCUGUUGUUAAAAUUGCCUUUAAACAAUUUACAACUUGGUGGGAUGUUACUGAUGAGAAACUAGUUCCAUUUUCCCAGUGGUGGGUGAUGUGCCUGGAGAGUCUCUGGGUUGUGGAUAUUAUUACUUGAUUUCAUUUUCAUCCAGAAGAGGAGGGCAAGACCUGAAUUUCCAAUUUCUAUUGUAACAGUAAGCUGUAAACAGCUCUGGUUUUAAGUUAAUGAGCUUUAGUUUGACACGUGUGUAACAAGAAAUAUCAGCAUGCAGUUUUCUCUCUGCCCUUGAGGUAGCUCGUACUACAUUAGUGAUCUACUUCAUGGUGCAUUGUGCAGAGCCAUUAUCACAUGUAAUUACCUUUUCUUAUCAGUGAUGAGCAAAUCUCCUGAAUGUGCAAAUUAUAUUCUUCCCUAAAUAUUAAGAGGAAGCGUGUUACAUCUCAGUGUUAUCAGUGGAGCUCAAGGAGCCCAGGAUGUGAGAACAGUAAGCAAAUGCCUACUUACAUUUUGUACAUCGCUGCUCUCAUUUUUAAAGUAUUAAUCUAAAAACUUAAUUAAGGUGUCUCCUUCUCUCUAAUCUAUGAGUUAACAGCACAUCUAUGCACAGAUAAUUUUUUUUCCUGUUCAUUCCACUGAAGAUUGAUUGUAUUUUUUUAAUUCCAGAACAAAAUUAAUUGGCAAGUAAGGAAUUUCUGUUCGGUAUGUGAUGCAUUUCUUCCCAAACAGAAAUGAAGUUCAUUCCCUUGAAUGGAAAAUGGGUUUCAGAUUUACCUGAAGCAGAGAAACAGAAGAUUCCUUACUUACUCUAAAGUUACUUUUCAGAGCUUUUUCUUGUUUUGACUUUUCCUUGUGGCUGCAAAUGGUCUACGCUGCCAGCUCUGAUCUUUCUGCCCCUUGAAGAGCAUUUCAGCUGACAUUAGCAGAACUGCCAUUUACUCAGCUAAACACAUUUGUAGUAUCACCUGUGUGGAAUCCACUGCUUUCCAUGGGAUCUCCAUAGGGAUGUGUCCUUAGAGAUGCCACUGGAUUUUCCCUGAAAACUUAGAUCUUUUUCUCCAUACUUCUGGAUAGAAAAUGCAAAUGUGCAUAUCUGUUACACAAAGGUAUCCUGUUCCUAGCUCUAAAUGCCUCCUUGUGAUGGAGCAGACAGGUACUGGAACUCAACCAUUUGGGUACAACCCAUAGGACCAUCUCUGUGGAAGAUUAGCUGCUGCCCAGAUUGACAGCAUGGCUUCAGAAUGUGUCAUUUGGUGCAUCAAAUACCUCAUGUGAUACUGAACUGAGAACCUCGCCUUAGGCUGGGGUGGAAACACUUUAGUAUUCAUUUUCUUGUUGCAGAGGCAAAAUACUUUAACUCCUCAGUUAUCUCUAAUGUUAUUAGUUUGCUGAAACAGCAACUGGAUUUCAGUUGCCACUGUAGUUUAUCAUUGUGGACUAAUGGAUUAUAUGCUGCAGUGAAGGACUGUAAAAAGUUCACAAGCACAGUUUCUAUGUCUGCAGGAAAAAGUGCUUGAAAUCUGUCAAGUUAGAGCAGAAUCAGCUCUGUCUGGUAUUUGGGAGGAAACCCCCCACCUUCCCAUCAGUUUUAUCCUAUAAUGGAAGAGGAAUGGAUAUGGAUAAUGAACAGUGAAAGAAGUUGCAGUUCAGAAUGAAAGUUUUUAGUAAUGAAUAUAUUCCACCUUACAUUUGUUAGUGCUUUUUAACAUCUUCUACAACUUUUCCACUGGCAGCUGGGAUGCAGGCAUUGCUGCACUGAGGUGAAAUCUCUGGAUGUGUACCACAAGAACCAUGUAGAUGUGGCACUGAGGGACAUGGGUUAGUGAGUAUGGUGGGGACAGGUGAUCCUAGUGUUCUUUUCCAACCUUAAUGACCAUAUGAUUCUAUGAGAGAACAUGUCCCCAGAAGCAUGAUUCCCCAGAGCUGCUGUGCAUUGCUUUCCUCUCACCUAUUUUGCAGAGGACAAUCAAAGGGCACUUGUCAGGAGAAAAGUCUUUGUUUUUUGACUUCACUUAUCUCCCAGCAUCACCAGUGCCUGAUAAGCUCGCAGGCUGUGGUUAGCUGUUUGUUUCUCGUCGCUUUCCCAUACUGUGAUGCUGUGAUAGAAACAUGGGGUAAAUGCACUGUGGAGCAGCACUGUGACUUACAGACCUGUGUCUUCCUCCAGUUUGAUGUCAUGUACUCACUUCUUGACACAGACACCUCUUACAGGCCACUGUUUUUAUCAUUGUUGCCAUCACCGUUGCUGCUGAAGUGACCCCAUGAUCCAGGACCUCCAUAAGCUUGCUGCUUGCAGUAAUGAUGACAUCAGUGUCUGCUCUGCACAUCAGCCCGUGCCAAGAGCUAAGCCCACUCAAAUGACCUUAUUUGCAGGAAGAGUGAAUGUAGUGGAAAUGCUGAGUUAGGGCUUGAACCAGCAAUUGAGCACCUGAUGGGUGCUCAACCCAAGGGAUCUCAGGUGCAAGCAAUGUACCUGAGUGACCAGAAGGGGUGAAGGCAGGGUCUACCCCUUUCCAGACCUCAUUUAAGUGUUGGAAAUGGAGAUAAGAAAAUCUCAUCUGGAGGUAUCUGCCUACUUGAGGACUUUAAAGGUUUUCUAAUGGCACCAGUACCGUAAAUAUUUACAAGACAGUGAAUGAGACAGCUCUACUCAGUUUCACUGCUGAAAACAUGCAUGAGACAGUGUGGAGCAGAGACAACGAGAGGCUGCUUCAAAUAAAAGACAAAAAAAUUCAAUAUUAUGUGGAGAAGAUGCAGUGUAGAUGCAAAGUGCUCCUCAAUGGGACUCUCCGAAUAGAGCGGCUGGUGAAAGAAGACAGUGGGAUAUACAAGGUGUCUGCUUAUGACAAGAAGGGAAAGCUGAAGGCAGAUGAAACAAUAGAGCUCAUUGUUUUGGAGCCUGUUCCUCAGCCAGUCCUCAAUGCUGAAUGUAUUAAUAAAACCCUGUUUGUGAAAUGUGCGGUGAAGAAGAUGACUGUGGACCAAGUGUUUACGAUAGAAUUGGCUCAUGAUAAAAUCAAUAAAUCCCAAACGAAUGUUACAGAGGUGGAAUUUACUACUCGACACAGUGGAAGAUACAGAUGUAUUGUUCAGAACAAAGUCAGCAAAAAAACAACUGAGAAGGAAAUCAAGUGUCAGGGCCAGCUGGACCUCUAUCGCAUCUCAUGCAUAGCAGGAGGUGCGCUGUUCUUCGUUGUCUUUGUGAUUUUGCUUAUUUAUUGCAUCAGGAAGAAGAAAGCAGAUAGGCUUGAAGAUGAUGAUGAGGAAAGGAUGCAGAUCCACCAGGUGGACACAGAGAUGGCAAUGCGAAAGCUCCCUCAAACACCAUCUAACCCUAACCCCCAGCGGACCUGUGUGCAUCAGAGGCCUCUGCCACAGCCACAUGCACAGCAGCGAGCAGUGCCCCCACAGCCUAGGCCACGCACCCAGCUGCCGGCUCCAAGCCAGCUGAGAGAGAGGCACUGAACACCCGUCCUGGGGGAUGGAGGGCUCUUUCUUAUGGAAGAAGAAACCUUACAACAGUCCAGAACUCCUCCUACACAGGCUUGUGUAGCGCUCUGCUCUGGAGUUGCAGAAGAUGAGAGAGAGCAUCAAGUAACUGGAGUUGAAGAGACACAGUGGAGGAAGCUGAAGAAAGACCUGGGGCCUUUUUUCUUCAAGUGACUCUAUGUGAAGACACAUGCAUCUUUCUGUGGUUCACUUUUUAUUGCACUGCAUUGUUGUCUUGCUUUCUGGAUGAGUUAUAUCAAAAAGUGAAAGCCUGAGACAACGUGGAUUUGUAGAUGUUACCUCUUUUUGUCAUAUAGCUUUUCAUUUGCUUUUUGUGCAUUAGAACAGCCCUCUGAUUUCAGCACUAGAUGCAUGGUCUCCUAAACAUAAUUAUUAUUUGUAUCUAAUCACUGGUUUGAUGUUGAAAGACUUGGUGCUGUCCAACACAGAGGACAAUAAACUGAAAGGAGAUGUGACAGACUUGAAGCAUGCAUGUGUGAAAAAUGUAAGGGGGAAGGAGUAUAUCCUUCAUUUUUUUCUACCACUUUCCCUAUAGAUCUGUUUGCCUAGUCAGGUAGUUUGUUGUUUUUAUUGUCACAGAACAGAUCUUGAUAUAUAUGGGUUCCUGAAAUCAGUAUUUCAAACUGCCAAGCAGCCUCCUUAACAAUGCUAUUGUCUGAAUUGCCAUGGCUUCUAUCACCAGGUCACUUAUCUGAUGACAAGUGACCAUGCUCCCUGAUGUUGCUGGUAAGCACCUCAUGGUUGCUGUUACCGGCUGAUUACA